CGGGAAAAAUGUCGUGAAAGCCACGAUAGACGAGCGUUCGAUCAACGGAUGGAACGACAAAAGGGCGGAGCUCCAGUCUCGUCCCUUUUGUGACGUGAGCGGAUGUUGGCGUUUGAAUGCUCCGGCGGUUAUUUUGGAGAGGACGCGAGCGUGGAGGGGAUGACUGAGUGAGGGCGAAGAAGGGCCGACGGAGCAGGGCGAAGUGGUGGCGGCGGCGGCGGCGCCUUUCUUGCGUCUUCCUUUCUAAAUACAGGCGGUUCUUCUCCGCUUCCCCCGGGAGCUGGAAGCCUCUUGGAGCGUCUGCGAUGCUGUUACCGAAUGCAUUAAAACAAAACAAUCCUUCCAGGAAAUUCUACCUGUACAGAUGAAAUUACUGUUGAAGUAUUUACAGUUUGUGGAACUUGAAUGCCAGUGGACACUGUUUAGAAAAGGGUAUUUUAUAACAAGCACCAAAAGAGUUGGGAGAAUACUAGGAUGAGUGAUAACAUUACUGACUCUCUUCAGAACGUGGCCUGUGAAUUCUGUCAACGGGCUGAUGACUGUCCUGAAAAAUAUGGGGAAAGGAGGACUUACAAGGAUUAUAAUAUCACUGUUCAUUAUUACUGUGUGUUAAUGUCCAGUGGGAUUUGGCAGAGGGGUGAAGAUGAAGAAGGUUUUUAUGGGUUUUUACCUGAAGACAUCCAAAAAGAAGUUAAUCGUGCUGCAAGGCUGAAAUGUACUAUCUGUAAGAAAAAAGGUGCCUCAAUUGGUUGUGUGGUAUCCAAGUGCAAACGAAGCUACCACUUUCCUUGUGGGGUAGAGAACGGAUGCAUUUUCCAAUACAGGGGCAAUUUCCCAUCAUAUUGUUGGAAGCAUCGUCCCACUCAGAAACGUCCUUCUAAUAGUAACGGGUUGUCACAAUGUACAAUAUGUUUGGAGCUGGUUGAACAUGCACCAUCGUACAACAUUUUGACCAGUCCAUGCUGUAAAAAUGCUUGGUUUCACAGAGACUGCUUGCAGUGUCAAGCUCUGAGUGCAGGAGUAUUCUUCUUCAGAUGCCCAGUGUGCAAUAAUAAAGAGAAAUUUCAGAAUGAAAUGUUAAGAAUGGGCAUUCAUAUUCCAGAAAAAGACGCCUCCUGGGAAUUAGAAGAGAAUGCAUACCAGGACCUUCUUCAAUGUUACCAACACUGUGAUGUCAAAAGAUGCCUCUGCAAAAAUGGAAGAGAUUUCAGUGAACCUGAUAGUAAAUGGGAAAUAAAGCGCUGUCAGUACUGUGGUUCCAGUGGGACACAUUUGGCGUGUUCCUCACUAGCAAGCUGGGAGCAAAAUUGGGAAUGCAUUGAAUGUAGAACCAUCCUUGCCAAGUCACAUGGGAAUUGUCACAAAAGGCGAAAGCGUUCUUUGCGUAUAUCAGAAAAAACAGAUAUUGCAGACAAUUUACUGGAAGAUCCAUCCCCUAAAUGUCCAAGAUUAUCUCCUGGAUCUCAUCUUGGCUACCUUGUUAGGCCCCCAAAGAUUAUAUACCCCAGUGCCUUUACUCAGGGUUCUCAACUGGAUCUUCCCUCUUCUGAAAACAGACUGUUAUCCCCACCCUCCUUGAUCAGUCCUUCAGUGAGGAAUCUGUCACUAAGAAAAACGCAACUCGGAGUGCAGAAAAGAGAAGUCUCCAAUAUUCUGAGGGAGUUAAGAUUACAAAUUAAUACCAAACCAACCAGAUUAAAUAUUAAUAGACAAAACAUCUGGGAAAGUGCCUUAAAGGGAUUUCAGAAACGGAACUUCAAUCCAGCCAAUACUAUUGAAGUAAAGUAUGUGAACAAAAGGACUAAAAUAGAGAUGGACAGUUAUUCAUCAAAGGAGGAUUUUUUUCAAUUAUUAAUGUGUCACCUUCAGAACUCAUCACUCUUUGAAGGCAAUUUUUCAAAGAAUUUGUCUUUUGAUUCUCAAGCUCUUCAAGAUAAUUUAUACUAUGAAGCUGGAAGAAUUAUUGCAGUUUCUCUGGUUCAUGGAGGUCCAUCUCCUAGCUUCUUCUCCAAAACCUUGUUUAACCUCCUUGCUUACGGCACAGAGAAUGUGAAACCAACCAUAGAAGAUGUUGCAGAUGUUAAUGUUUUGCAGACUAUAGAGAAGAUAAAAUCUGCAACAACUGUGAGCAGUUUAGAAUCAGCAUUAAGUGAUUGCUCUGACUAUCUCAACACUGCUGGAUGUUUAAAGCCUGUAGCAGCCUUAUAUGAUAAGGAUGUGCUGGUGAAUGAGAUACUGAAUUACCAUGUCAUCAGGAGAACUCACUUACCUUUGGAAAGCUUUCAGCAAGGUUUGAAAACACUUGGUAUUUUGGAAAAAAUUCAGAUGAAUCCUGAUGCAUUUUGUAGCAUAUUAUGUUACAAGCCUGAAAAGCUUUCCGCAAAACUUCUUGGUGAUCUCUUUACAAUUCACUGUUUGCCAGGAACAGACAAAGCCAGAAGUCUUGAUUUCUGGAUGGGUUACUUGCAGGAGACAGAAGGUGGCGAGUCAGCUGUAACUCUGGAGGACAUCUUAGUGUUUGCAACUGGCGUCCGUAAUAUUCCACCUAUUGGUUUUGAUCCAGAGCCUUCAGUUAAUUUUCUGCACAUAAAGUGCCCCAUUGGAAAGAGACACAUUAACUGUUUAGAGCUUCCAAUAACAGAGUCUUAUAAGAAGUUUAAAAGAAUUCUUGAUUUCUCCAUCAGAAAUAGGUUUGUCAAUACAACAGACACUAAAAGUUGAACAAUGAAGCACGUAUGAAGCAUGCUAGCUGCUACUGGAUAACACAAGCAUUCAUCCUCACAGGUCUAAAGUUGAUCAUGGACAUGACUUCAGUCUUUACAUUUUGAACAUGUUUGAAAAUGGUGAGCAAACAAAGCUUUUAAAACAGUUUUGUAUUGCUGUAUUUUUUGAUACUUGGUUCUAAUCUAAUUUUUCAUUCAAUUCUGUAACAUUCACUAGUGUAUGUACUGUACAUUCCAUUUUACCUUAUUAACAAUUAUAAAUCAAAAUUACUGACAACUAAAUUAGGAAUGCUUUCUAAUUCGUUUAGUAUUUCCAGGAAAUCAUACUUUUAUGAUUUUGACCUGUUGAUGUAGUACACUGCUGAGUAGAUUAUUUUGCAUAUUAAAAUAAUUUCAAGUAUUUAGCUAUUGUGUAUGUGGAAUCAGGAAGCUAAAGAUAUUACCUCAUUUUUAACCUUAUCAAAUAUUGUUAAAAGUAACAGAAUUUUACAGUGUUUAGUAUAGCUGUGGUAUGAUGCCCAGCUACGCUGGUUAUGUUCCCAUUCUACAACUAUUCCAAGCUUAAAGACUAUUAUUCAGUCAGUGCUUUGUUUGAAAACAUGUGCAAUUAAUUUGAUUUCUAAAGCUCCCCUGCAGAUACUUCAUACAUAGGCCAAAAAGAGUAUUAAACUCUAUAAACAAGGUGAUGGGAUAAUUUGCCUGUUUAUAGUAUCUCAGGUAUGAGACAGAAUCAUAUAAAACAAGUGGCAAUGACUUGGAUCCAAAGUAGCAGAAGGUUGCUUCUGCUCCAACUAGAGCUUUUAUGCUUCCCCUCCCCUGGAGAACAACAAAGUUCCUUACAGAGCUUGGCACUCUCUGGUGUCACUUCUUGAGUAGCGUGAGUCAGUACCCAAAACAUAGUUUGGCCCUUGAAUUUAAUCACAAUGAUAGAGAUCCCUCCCAUGAGAAUAGAGAGAGCUGGGUUUUGUCCAUGUUUAAACAUUUCGUACUGCAAAUAAUUUGUGGUGACAGUUCCACUGGAUUUUUAAUUACUAUUUUAUUUUAAAGAUAAGAUUAUGAUAGUAAGCACCCCAAUCAACUAUGAAAGCAGGAGCCACCAUUACAUACUCCUCAAUUAAUGACAACAGCAAUUCUUAAGUUCAACCUUUGAGAAAAUAGACACCACCACACCAGAAAGUAUUUAAGUAAAACUGCUCAAAAGAAAAAAGAAUAAGAUAUAUCAAGAUAAAGCAGUCACGAGGUUCAUGCAUAAGCAACAAUUUAUCAAGCUUCAAAGAGAAAGGCCAGGAGCAAGUCCUGGGAUCUGCAGCUGUGGAACUGCAAAGCACAUAUCCAGCUGCAGCCAAAGAACACCCUUCAUUUCCUGGACAUCAGCUUUUAAAGAUACUCAUCACUAUCUCCAAUGAUUACUAAGACAUGUUACUUAUGCCAAAUCUAAAUAAUUAUGCUAGGAUCUGAAUGACUGGUUCCAGUAAACAAAUCAGAGCACAUGCCCAGCACCUCAAUGAUAACCUGUUAGCCCUUCUAAAAUCUGGUAGACAUAAUAUACUCAUCUCUAUUUCCCUAAAGUAUAACAUUCUAAAGUGUUAGGCUUGAUUUAAUAUUAAUAUAAUUAAUUGUGCACAAACUUAUUCCAGUGAGAAACAGUACAUAGGACUCUUCCAAUUCUGUGUCUCAUGAAGAGAGCUUGAGCUACUUAGUGUUGCACUUAGAGGUGUAAAUGUUUCAAAAGUUUUCAGUCUGUAGGGGAAAUGAUCUUUCUAUUAGCCAACAUUUGGGAGAAAUUUAACAUGUACACUUUUUAAAAUCAAAUCUAAAAUUAUUGUAUUAAUAGUUCAAAUACUGUAUCUAUAACUUGGCAUGUAACAUUUUGCUAAUUGAAAUGCUUACACAAUUUGCAGAACAGUUUUAUGCAUGUUUACUCAGAAGCAGAUACACUUUCUUGGUUGAUGCUUCCUCCCAGAUAUGCAUAGACGUGUUAGUCAUAUAAGGGGAAAAACUCAGACACAAGAGGCAGAGCACAUAUUUGUUUCUAUUAUGUCAAAACUAGAACAAAGUGCAUGCAUCACAAGAAAGAAAAUGGCAAUGUUACGAGUAAUUACUUGCCUUAUGGGUAGGGGGAGGAAAGGGGGAAAACAACUCAGAUAUUAAUUCUUGAAAACAAAAUUAUAGUUCCUAUAUUGUUCAGUUAGAAAAGAAACAACUUAGGGAGAGGAAGAAUGAUUGCUGUCAAGUGCCCGUUUGAAAAAAUAUUUUUGGAAACACAAACUAAUCUCUUUUGAGAUGCUUUACAAGGUGUAAAUAUAACUUUAAGUCACAAAACUUAGGCUUGAUAAAAUAUAUUUUUCUCUAAGGUGACCUAGUAAGACUAUAUUUUAUCUGAGGCAACUGUGUUUCGCUAUUGAUUUUGAUAUGUUGUAAGAAGAAAGCCUCUGCACUCAGACAUCCACUGUUAAAGUGAAUAAUUUCUCACAUGUCUAAAAGCUCCUGAGCUUAUUUUGGCAAUACAUUCUCAGUUACAUGUGACAAAGUAAGAAUGUUUAUUCUUUCUUAAUAGCAAAUUGACAUGCCUUAGUGCAAGCAUCUUUUGAAGGUUUUAUGUUCCAUUUAUUGAUCUACCAUGAAAUAUGGCAAACUGCUGCCUAAGAAACAAUAGCACAAAGCCUUGUUGUAAAUUCAGGACUAGCUGUGUGGUCUUAAGUCCUGUAACCCCCUUUUUUCUGUGAGAGGAUCAUGCCUGUCUGUAGAAAAUAAUUAGUCUAAAAUACUAUUACUGAACUCUGCUAAAUUAUCACUGUCCGAUAUUCAUUUGUUUUGGAAAAAAGCAGUACCAUAACACUGGACUAUAUGUCUGAUAAGAAAACCACAGUUUGUUCUUCAGCAUCCCAUUCUUUCACAUUUCCUCAUUCUAAAAAACGUAAUAAGAUUUUUGUCAGUAGAAUCAGUAUAUGUACAGUAUAUUUUGUUGAACUGGCCCAUUCAAAAUAAAAAAUUCUGUUAGAUCACUGUUCUUGUCUUAAAACUUGUGUGCACAAGAUAUAGGAAGCUUAUGUUCUUGUUGUGAUUACUUGAAUCUUUACUAGACUAUGUAAUAAGCUAUCUGUAAAUCUUUACUAGACUAAUAUUUUAUAUAGUACAGAAAAUGAAUGCUGUUAAUUAAAGAGCGUGCAUACAUAUAUGUCACUUCAAGACAACAGUAUUCUUUAAGUAGCUCAGGUAUUUGAAGGGGACUUCACUGGAUGCCUUAAUCAAACCAAUCAAAAAUGCACACUUCUGAACAAACUAGUCACAAAAAACAAACAUUUUAUAUGGGUGGGAAAAUUAAACUUGGCAUUGUUAUACUAGUGUGGAAUAAAUAUUGCAUGUACAGUGACAAAUUUGUAAAUAUCAAGUUUUUCUUAUUUCCUGAAGCCUGUUAUACAUAUUGUUCUUAUGUUACUUGUAGCAUUACAUUAUGGGAGAACUGUCAUGUGUUUAUGUAAAGUGCAAUAAAUCAAGGUUCUAUUAGUUAACAGUAUUAAAUAUAUAUGCAUUCAAACACAGCUAGACUUCAUUCUUUAGCAAAUGUUCUGAAUAUACUGAGUUCUGGUGUUGCAUUGUUUGAUCUGGGGUCAUCCUACACUGUUCAGUAUCACAACCAGAAAAAUUAUGGUGGGUGAAAUAAGGCUGAUCACUGAAGAACUGAUGCUUUUGAAUUGUGGUGCUGGAGGAGAGUCCCC